AUGAGCGGCCUGCCCAGAGAGGAGGUCCCCGAGGAGGGGGACCGUGGAGGGGCUGACCUUCAACACGGAACCUAUGCUGGGGGUGGAUUUGCAGUUUUCGAAUUUAAUUCAACUAACAUCUGGAACAGUCUUCCUGAAAAUGGCUGCGUUUGGGGUGUGGCCUACAAGCUGCCGACGGGUCGCGAGGAGGAAGUGAAGCGUUACCUGGACUACCGCGAGAAGGGCGGCUACCAAGUCAUCACCGUGACGUUCCACCCGCGCCCGCCCGCCACCGAGGCCAAGCCCAACCAGACCCUCCUCUACAUCGGCUCCCAUGACAAUCCCAACUACCUGGGACCCGCCCCCAUGGAGGAGAUAGCCAAUCAGAUCGUGGAGAGCAUCGGCCCCAGCGGGAGGAACACGGAGUACCUGUUUGAGCUCGCCGACGCGGUGCGCACCAUCGCACCGGAGGAUCUGGAUGCACAUUUGUUUUCUCUGGAGGGUUUGGUGAAGGAGAGGCUGCAGCAGAGACAGCUCCUACAGGCCAGUUGA